AUGAUUAUUGCUGGUUUUACUGGCCAAUUAAAAGAUUGGUGGGAUAAUGACUUAACCCAAGAACAGCGUGGUAAUAUUCUGAAUGCUGUAAAAAGGGAGCAAGAAUUUCUCAAGAACCAGUGGUAUAAGGAUGUAUUCCUUUGUCGGGUUAUGGAAUUACCUGAGUGCAAUGAUACUCAUUGGAAAUCCAAAUUUAUAGAUGGAUUACCCGCCCUUUUUGCGGAAAGAGUUAAAAAAGCUCUUAGGAAAGGAGAAGCUAGUAUCAAUUAUGACAAUUAUACUUAUGGAAAGUUAAUAGGCACAUGUAUGCAGGAAGGCUUAGCCUUAUGCAAUGAGAUUAAGCUGAAUCAGCAAAUUAAAAGACAUGGUCUGAAUGAGAGACAACAAUUAGGAGAAUUUUGUGGACAAUUUGAACCAGAAGAUUCUGGUUUUGAGUCUGAUAAUUCGGAGGACUCUUCAUCAAAUGAAGAUCUUAGAGUUCUUGAAAAUGAAAGUUAUACCUCUACCAGUUCAGAUGAAGAAUGUGCACCAUGUCAAAUGGGACAACCAUGUACUAAGGGUAAUAAAGAAGAGGAUGAAUUUUAUAAUCUCUUCUCCCAAUACCAAGAUACCAAUAUCAAUGUUUUAGACGGUAAUAACCUUGUGGAUUUAUUAAAGACCAUUAAAGAUCCAGAGCUUAGAUCUCAAAUUAUUGAUAAGGUGAAUGAAUCACCAAAGAAGCCAAAAAUGCAGAUUGGUAUUCAAAUACAAGAAUCACCAGGUCCAUACACCAUGUCAGAAGUUAAAAAACUUCUUCAACAACGGAGAAAUAUUAUAACUACUCCAGCCACAACCCAAGAUUUGGAAAAAGAGAUUGAUAAUCUCAAACAGGAGAUUUCCACCCUUAAACAGCAUAAUAUGAUUUUAGAUGAGAAAAUUUCUAGAAUCGAGGAUAGGGGGAAACAAUUUAUGGAAAUUCCGGCAGAUAAAAUUGUAGAAGAUACAUCUGUGGAAGGAAGUACCAGUAAAGAAAGAGAAUUUCUGAAAACUCUGGAAUUUAUUACUUCCCAAAAGUUUUUUUUAUAA